AUGGACGCAAGUCAGGUAACCAAUUGCUGUUAUUUAAAAAAAAAGUCUCGAUCUACCCUAGACAGCCGAAAUAUCGCUCCCGUGCCGAAAUUGCUCGCCAUCAGUAUGUAUGCAACAAAUCAAACAGAAUACCUCCCAACCAUGAGAUUACUAGUAAAACGGAACACUGAUAAAAGCAGCGUGAAGAGGAACCGAACUCAGGGUAUUCUGCACAAUAUCCGAACACCUAAUCAAACCAGACUCGCGAUGACGUCUGAAGGACUCGAGGGCCUAAGGGACGUGAUCCAUAACGAAAAGCGCCGAAAGAAAGAAAAUCACAAAACUUUGGAGACGAUGGCGUUGAUAUCCUCGUGGUCAUUUAACUUUCGUGGCAUGAAGACUAUAUGCAACUCCAGCACAUAA